AUGGAAGAGUGUUUUACCUCGGCAUUAGAAUACUAUAUAUAUCCAAAAUUUCAAAGGAUUCAACGAUAUAUAAAAAGUAAAACAAGUUCCAUAAAUAAUAAUACUAAUAAAGAACAAUUCAGAAGUGUAUGCCGAGAAUUGGCUGAUUAUCUAAUUAGGGAGAAGGGUGCACCACACUAUGUAGAUCAAAAAAGGUGGGAAGGAACACUGAAGAAUUACAUGAAAACUUACUUUAAAAAUCUUACAGAACAUGGAGGAUGUCCUCUAAUAUUACAUGAUAAGGAAAAGGCUAUUUUAGAUUUUCAAUACGAAGUACACGAUUUCUGCGAACAGAAAAAUAAUUAUCUGAGUGAAAUAGCUCAAUUAAAACAAAAAAAAAAAUGUGUUGAUAAGUGUUUACGGAAAUGUAACGAAUAUAAUACGUGGAUUGUACAAAGGCAGAACUAUUUUAAUACAAAUGAAUACUCAAUAAAAGGAUGUUACAAAAUACCAAAAACAAAAAAGAGAGAUAGCGAAUCAUUGUGUGACAUACGAAGACCUAAAACUUUUAGUACACUUUCUGAAUGCGCAACUGUUCUUCCAGUUCCACCCGGUGACCCUGUACCUAAAAAAGAUCUUACGAGUUCACACAACGCAGAUACAAGUACAGAUAACAUUCAAUCUGAAUCUCAAUUUCAGACAGAAAAAGUUGUGGAAAUUAAACAUGACGAAAAGACACAAUCUGAAUUAGCAUCGAAAAAAAAACUACAUCAAGAUGAAGUUCCUACAGCAUUGGAAAAUUUAAAAGCAGAUGUUACCAGUAACCCAGGUGAAUAUACAUUAACUAUAGAAGGUACUCCACCUCUACGAGUCACACAAUCUCUACAAAAUACAACAUCUCUACAAUUUCCAACAUCAGAAGCACCCCCACUCUCUCAAUCAGAAAAACAAUUAACAUUAAUUCGCCCAUCACAAAAUAUAUCAAUUCUUCAAUUUUCAGGACCACAAAUAGAUAAUUCAGAAUUUUCUUUAACUUCUAAAAGAGCAACUGGAACCCUUGAUGCCCCUGCUCAACAAGACGCUCCUAAAUAUUCAGUUAAAGAUUCCGAUGGAUAUCCAAAUAACAUAAAUUUAUCUUCUAUUUUAAUAAGCUUUAUUACUAUUAUUUUAUUUUCUCUUUUAAUUAAAUACGCCUUAAUAGGACUAUUCAAAAAAAGGAAAAAGAUAAAAAGAAUGCAAAUGAAAUUCCUUAGAAUACUAAUUCCUUCAUAUUCUAACAUGAAAAAGAAGUUUCUAACAUAUGAUAAUUCAGAACACCCAAUAUAUGAUAAUGAAGAAAUUAUAAAAAAAAUAAAAAUUAGUAAUCAUAACAUGAAAAAAAAUGUAAAUGCAACAAAGAUUACAAAUAAAAGGAAUAAAACUAUAAUAGAAGUGCAUAUGGAACUACUGGAAGAAUUCAGAAUCGAAGAAUGGAACAUCAACAAAGGAGUCUUUUUAGAAAUAUGUCUAGAAGUGUUUGAACAGGAGCAAUACAUAAACUGUCCUAAUUUAGAAAAUGAUAAGAUAAUAAUGGAAAAUGAUAAUUUUAGAAAGUAUACUGAAAAACACAAAAUUAUGUGGAAUCAAUUGGUGGAAAAACAUAAAAAUAUUUCUGAAAAGUUGAAAAAAAAAGUUUGGUUUAAUAAUCUUAAAAACGAAUGGAAAAAAGUGAACGAUUACAUAAAAGAAACCGAAAAAUCAAAGAAGAAACUUUCAAAUGAAAUUCAAAAUAUUCCAUUUUUAGAAGGAAAAAAAGAUGUAUGGAGACAGUGGAUAUUAAGCAAGAAAACAAUUAUAGAAGAAUUUCUAGAACAGAACUGUUUUCAGCAAUUUUCAAAAGAACUAAAGACUAUAUCAGAUGUAUACGAAAGUGAACAUAAUAUAAUUGAUGUAACACUAAUAAAUAUGGAAGAUUUAAAAUAUAGAAAAAGUUCUAAAGAAUUAUAUAAAUGUAUUAAUAAAAAAUUAUUAGCGAAACUUUGUAUACUUGUAUUUAUGACGAUAUUAGAAGAAUGCGAAAAAGAGGAAAAUUUAGAAAAUAAGGAAUCACAUUUGGAUAAUUCCAUAAAUGAAAGGAAAACAGUACAAAAUUCACAUAGGAAAAUAGGAAUUACAGAACAUAUUGUCGAACUUAAUAGCAAUAUUUUAGAGGAUAAAAAAAAUAAUGAAAGUCAUAAUUAUGCAAAAGAAUAUUCAUUUAUAAAAGAUAUAAAUGAUUGGAUAAAAGAAGAAGAUAUAUAUAUAAAUUUCUUACUCAACGAGCAUAAAGAACUCAAACAUACGGAAUAUUAUAGUAACAGUUCCUAG